UAGCUAGCGGCGCGCCGGUUUGUGGUGCUGCAGCUUGGAGCAACGGAGUGGUGGCGUUGACAGCGGAGACGGCGACAGCUGCUACAGAGGAUCUCGACGCAGCCGGCGUGAAGGAGGGAGCAGGGUGUGCGCUCGCUGGUUGAGCCGCGCAAGGGGAGGACGCACGGCGGGUGAGAGGCGCACUGUACGAGCUGCGUCUAGACUUGGCUGUGGUAGUGUUCCCGACCAUUAUGGGUCUAGACUUGGCUAUGGAUACAAAAGCACAAGCUACCGUCAUCUCGGAAAUGCAUGCCAACUGUUUAGAGUUGAGCCAUGGAGCCAUGGUGUCCAUACUAGCAAUCCUGAUGUCUUGUCAAUACCAAUAUCUAAAAUGGCCAGUGUCAAGGCUGCUAACAACAUCACCAUCGAACCAGUGGUUCAGUAUGUUGAUAAAGAGCUGGACAAGGCAUCCAAUAGGGAUAAAGGGGCCAAAGGCAACAGAGGUAUGGUGGUGGCUGAUCAUUUCCAACUGUGGCCAUCUCCUUAUCAGCUUAAUUGUGAAUGUUCUCACACUGAGCAGCAACCAUGGCCACCGCCUACUCAAGCAGGAGACAUUGGUUGUCAAGUUGCGCUGCGACGAGUGCUAGGGUCAUCAUCCAAAUGCAGCCAAGGUGACUUAAUGCCGGUGACACCACCAAGGCCACUGACAAUAGGAAAAUUGCAUAACUCGAGGAGCCGUUCUGCUGGAAACACAACUGAAGCCGUACAAUCAAUUAUUGAGUCUCAUGCAAUAUCUUUACACUGUAGAAUUUCCAAGUCAAUGUGCAUUGCACUUAAUUUUGUUGAGAGCUGGCUACAAAACACAGCCAAGAAAUUAUGCAAUGGCCAGUUGCUUAACCUUUCAGUUGGGAUACAUUUUGACGACAGAAAGAUUUCUACUACAUUGUUUUUUGCUGAGUUGCUUGAGCACCCAAUAAUAUAUUUUCAGGUUUACUUAACUGCUUUUCACUGUGUUCAUUCGAACAAAAUCCUGAGACCAUGGAUUAUUGCUAGAGCUGCUAAUGAGAAGCAGAACAGGAAGGUCAAGAGAUGUGGUUAUGAUUCCAUUGUUGGUUUUGAUGGAAACAAUCCUAUUGAUGCCAGUAUUGCAGUAAAGGUUUCCAUUGAUGUGAUUGGUACUUGGACAGAUUCAGAGACGCUAUAUGCAUAAGUUGCAAACAAGGAUUAUUUGUCUGUUAAAUUACUUGAGCUGGUAAGAAAGGGGUCCAAUACAUACUGGUUAUUAGAACUCAUAACUAAUGAGCUGAAUCCUUGGUGUUUACUCAGAUAUCAGAGAUGGCUAGAAAUUCUGGGGCUCCCACCUUUGACUAGGGCUGCGUGGACAGGACAAGGGAAGAUAGAACAGGACAUUAGUGUGGACAUAAUUUCAGCAUCUCAAGUUAUCAAGUCUCUCUGUCUGAACAAGUCAUCUAUUAGGAGCUACUCAAGUUAUUUUCUCCUGAUACAUGCUUUGGUCAGUAAAUUGAGAGCUUGGGAAGCAUUGGUGGAAAAGCAUGUGCAUCGUAUGCACUCCAAAGAUAACAAAAGUACUCCCUCCGUCUCAAAA